ACAUGUACAAAGUGUGAGUUGGGUUUCAUCGGAUUAGUGUACGUUGGGUUGCAUCGGAUUAGAAUACAAGGGGUUUGCUCCAUUCCCCUCCCACCUUUCCCCUACUAUGGCGGGAGGGGUAUGUAAGGCAGAGGGGUAUGGCUGCCAUACAUUAUUAUACUACUCACGUACUUUGUUUCAAAGUGCAUCCGGUUUUGUUACCGUUGUCGAUUGAAUUGCCUGUUCGGUCGACGCACUAUUUAUUGCAAUUUGGAUUUGAAUGGGAUUGUGAUUAUGGGCCAGCUUAACUGGUCGGUGCUUUUUCAGACAUAGUGUACGUUAUUGACCGUAUUUCAGUCGAAUUAACCAAAAAUGAAAAGUACAAGUGGUAAUUUGUUUUUAUUAUUCGAAAGUACGAUAUCAACAAUCGCGAGAAUACGCGCUUUGCGUUCGCGUAUGAACGUUAACAAUGCUGUCAGUUUGUAUUAUUAUUAUUAUAAUUUGUUGUCUUGAGGUUAUUUUCAAUAAUCUGCCAAUUUCUUGUUACAAAUUUAUAGUGGUGCACAAUUGAGCCAAAUUUUCCAGGGAUGCCAAAUUCCAUGUGAUGAACUGUAUGUGGAUAAGUGUUGUCAGGAAGAGUCAAAAUAAUAACAAUGGUCUUUGUUUUGCAUCUAAUUUUUCUGAAUGUAGUAGCUCUGGAAAAAAUAUUACCAACUCAACUUAUCCGGAAUCCAGCAGAUCCAGAGAAAAUAUUCUAAACUCAACUAAUCCGAAUUUAUCUGAUGAUGAAGUAAAGUUAUAUUAUCCGAAUUUAUCUUCCAAUGAUAUAAGAGAAUGUAAAAAACUAUUUGAUGGCCUAAUAUAUACUCCAUAUGCAGAUGUUUUCAUAGAUUUGUUAAAGAAACAUUCAGCGGUUAAUCCAAAAUUAAAUGAUUAUGUUAAGAAAAAAAUACAUGAUCAUCAAAAUACCAAUGUUUUUCGUCUAUCAGAUAUGUAUAAUUAUUUAAAUCUUCACAUUAAAAAAAAACAAUCUUCAUCUUCUUUAUUAAAAUUAUUUUCACGCAGCAAUUCAAAAAAAAGUUGAAUAGAUUAAAAACUAUUUGUAAAACAGCAAGUAACUCAAAGACGAUACCAUGGAAUAUUAUGAAUAAGAAAUAAUUUUUUUUUAUUACGAUU